AGAGAAACUUUAAAACAGUCCUAGUCACUUAUUAAGCACUUUCCAUUUGGAAAAUGCAUGGACACAAUUUGAGUCACUUGGCUACUGUGUAUAUAAUCGAUAUUAUAAGUCGAUCCAAAUAAGUAACCUGUUUUGACAAUUUCUUAUAGGCUAGGUAACUGCAGUACAUGACCAAGAAAUGGAAGUAACAAACUUUGAGGAAGGCAGCCUGAAGUGGCGUAUAGAUAUUAUCAUAUCUUCAAGGGACUUGUCUCGUAUCCUGGAACCUGUCAUUUGUCUGGAGUUCAAUCUGGACUCAGGGGAGAGACAGAGUGUAGAGAUGCCAGUGUCAAAGUUCCACUCUCUGAGACACAGCAUAGCUCUUCUUCUAAAGGAAAUGGAAACUGUAAACCAACGUCUGGCCAGUAUAAAAUCUGCCACUUAAUAAUGUGGGUUUUACAGUUAUUCUAAUUAUCGUCUCUUAACAUUGUCACCAUCAUAAACCCUGACAUAAGUGAUAAUAUUGUUAUACAUUUUAUAUUUUGUUAUAUAUGUUAAAUAUAAAUUUACUACUCAAAC